AUGGUGGAGCACAGUGGACUCGACGUGAAGUUCCAGAACAAAUACUGCACCAGCUCUACCUCAUCCUCCUCCUCCUCCUCCUCCUCAUCUUCCUCCUCUCAGAUGAAGAUGGUAAACGUUCUCCGUUUUAGUCUGACCAGGAAGUACCCUCAGAAGAACGGCGAGGUGCUGAGCGCUCAGUACGGCAUUAACCUGCUGCUGGUGGGCCUGGCGCUCAUGCUGGCCAUGGCGUACGGCGGCCCCGUCGUUACCGAGGACACCGUGCUGGCGUUUCUUUCCACCCUCAUGCUGGCGCAGUUGCUCUGGAUGAUCUGCUAUGUGGCCCGCAGGGAGCGCAGACAAAACGCCCCGCCCGAGAGAGAUGCCCACGGUGCCACCAGCUGGAUUAGAGGAGGUUUAACUCUGUUGGCGCUGCUCUCUCUGAUUAUGGAUGCGUUUCGGGUGGGAAACUUUGUUGGGUAUCAGCAGUGUGUGUCUCCUGUACUGGGGGUUUAUCCUGUGGUCCACGCCCUACACACCGUCUCACAGGUUCAUUUUCUCUGGUUUCACAUUAAAGACGUCAUCAAGCGCCAUGAAACAUCUGAAAGGUUCGGGGUGAUUCAUGCUGUGUUCACUAACCUGUUGCUGUGGAGUAACGGUGUGAUGACUGAAGCUGAACACGCGCUUAACGACCACAAGAGGAGAUUAUCAGCUAUCGGGUACUUCAACUUUACCUGGGAAGCCAGCGUGCCGGGUUGUAACUGCACCACGAGUGCGUGCUCCAUGUUCAGCAGCAGUCUCUAUUAUCUCUGUCCCUUUAAUAUCGAGUAUCACAUCUUCGUCUCCGCUCUGCUCUUCGUCAUGUGGAAGAACAUCGGCCGCACCCUCGACCGCCUGACCAAUCAGAAAGCGCCGCCCUUCGCCCCCUCACUGACGGCUUUAGGGGACGGGCCCUUCCUGCUGCUCGGCCCCACCCUCGGCCUCUUAGCGCUCGCCAGCGCCAUCACCGUGCUGGUGAUCUACAUCAUCCACGUGGAGGAGUCGUUAGCGUCGCGCCACGCCACCAUCUCCAUGUUCUACUGUUUCGAGAUCGUUAUCCUCGCGUGCAUGAGCGCCGCCGCCGCCGUCGGUCUUUUCAUCUACCGCCUGGAGGACCGGCCCAUGGACACGGCCCCCAAUCCGGCGCGGACGCUGGACGCCAAGCUGCUGCUGGGCUCCUCGGUGGGGUCCUGGCUCGUGUGCUGGUGCAGCGUGGUCGCCGUGGGCGGAGCCAACAUCUCGCCUGGAUACAGGUGGACCAAUCUGGCGUACUCGCUGAUUUUGGUUCUGGAGAAGUGCGUCCAAAACCUGUUCGUCGUCGAGUCGCUGUACAGACGACCGCAAGAGCCUGAUGAAAGCCCCGCCCACUUCACCAACCACAACGCCGCCCACGGAAACCAGAAGAUCUUUGCGAUGUACGACGGCAUCGUUAACCGGGCGUACGAACCUCCAGACAAACACUGUGAGAACGAGCGACAGGAGUACAGCAGGAACAACGGAGACGCAUCACUUCCUGUGGAGACCGGGGUGCACAGGAAGAGGCAGAUCCUGAAAAACAUCGCCAUCUUCCUGUUCAUGUGCAACAUCUCAUUAUGGAUCCUGCCUGCGUUCGGGUGUCGGCCUCAGUUUGAUAACGGUUUAGAAGAGGCGUCGUUCGGGUUCCCGAUCUGGAGCACGGUGCUGAACUUCGCUCUUCCCAUGAGUCUCUUCUAUCGCAUGCACUCGGUCGCCGUGCUCUUCGAAGUCUUCCGCAAAAUCUAAGCUCCACCUCCUGAUGGUUGGCCGACCUCGUUCUCCAGGUUCUACGUCAUGAUCUGAAGAACCCAGAAGAUCUCCAUCAAGUUCUCAGAAGCAGAAUUCGAUUACAGCUUUUUUUUCUUUUUCAUCUCUUUUGUGAUUGGACAGUCAGGGGGGCGGUAGGAUUUCUCUCUGAUGUGAUUGGACUAAAAUAAGUUUUGACAUGAAACCUUCUGAUUGAGUCUCAAAUAUUGAGUUUUUGUUUGUCAAUAAUGAUUUUUAUUCCCCUGAUGCACGACGCCCCCUGUUGGUACACUCCACACACACACUCCAUACACACUGUACACACACUCCGCUCCUCAGCUCCGGCGGUGCUCUGAAGUUCUCUCAGUAGGAGUGUGUUAGUGGUUUUUGGUGCUAAUGUGAACAGCACACAGAUUCUCCACCAGCUUCAGGUUUCUACAAAGAUUUCUGAUUUUAUU